UCAGUGGCAGUGGACGAAGGUGGUGCUAUGUGCGUGAAACAGAGUCUCUUGUGACCUGAUUAGUGAAACUCUGAAAGCGUUGUCUGUGACACAGUGUAAUUAAUUACAGUGGACAAAAAUGUUGACUUCAAGUGGAAACCAAUACCUGCGGCCAGAAUAUCUAAACCCUCUACAGGGACAGUCAAUUGAGCUGGAUGCCAAAAAGUCCCCUUUGGCACUCCUGGCGCAGACAUGCUCGUCUAUCGGCGCGGACUUGUCCCAGAAGGGCAGCAUCCCCCCGGUCGAGAAGAGCUCCAGCAAGGGCAAGUCCUCCCCCGGGGCGAAGUCUCCGGGCGCCACACUCACCAUUACGCCGUCAGACGACACCAAGACGACCACGUCUUCGUUCAAGCCCUACGAGAAGAAGAAGGACGACGAUGAAGAGCGCGUGAGCCCUAAACGGUCCUCGCCCCACGCUCGCUCGCCCCACGCGCGGCAGCCCAGCGCUGAACGGUCCUCCUCCAGAGGGAGCGAGAGUGGGAGGUCGUCCUCGCGGCCCCACGACCCUCCAACCUCGUCGUCCUCCUCCUCGAUUUCCCCGCGAGUGUCCUCCCCAACCACACCAAAGAUUUCCUCGUCGCUGAGCUCGUCACACAGCCUCCCCGGCCUGGGGGACCUCAGUAAGGACCCCUUGGCCGCCUACAAGUUGGCACCAAGUCUCUAUCCACACCUGGCACUAGGCCUUGACCCGCUCGGCGCCGCAGGACUCUCAGCUCUCACAGCCAAGGUCCCCCCCACCAGCACCGCGGCGGCACUUUCCAGUCCCUACAUCGGUUACGCGCGAGUGAAGACCGCAAGUGGCAGCGAGACAGUAGUGCCAGUCUGCCGCGACCCUUAUUGUGCAGGGUGCCAGAUCAACGCCCACGCCGCCCAGGUGGUGAAUGGCACUUGUCCGCCCGGAUGCACCCAGUGCGCCCAGAUCGCUGCUCACACGAAGAAUCUUAGUUCGCUACCUGGUCUUCUCCCAACGCUGCCUGCUUCGUCUCUCAGCGGCCUGUACCCCCCUCCUGGCCUCGUCGGCGGGUCGCACCAACCCUACGUGUGCAACUGGAUAGCGGGCGACACGUACUGCGGCAAGCGGUUCACCACCUCGGAGGACCUUCUGCAGCACCUCCGGACACACACCAACCUGUCCACGUCAGAAUCGAGCCUCUCCCUCCACGCCCUUCACCACCCCUUGCUGGCCGGUCACCUGCCCCGCGGAUACCCGACGCCGCCCCUCUCGCCCCUCUCGGCACCGCGCUACCACCCCUACGCCAAGCCGCCCUUGGCUCACCUGCCUCCUACUGCGCCUCUGCCCGCCUCUGCCCUCACCGCCUCGCUCUCAGCGCUGCCGCCUCACCCCCUCUCCGCCUACUAUAACCCAUACUCCUUGUACGCCAGGGGCCUAGGAGCCACAACGGGCCUGCACUAGUGGGCAGGCUGCGGCGUCCUACCUCCCUCGCCCCUACUUGGUACGCCUGUAGGGGCGAUGGGUGCGCGGGCGUGGUCGGUGGUGGGCCGCCACACCCAGUGAGUGAGGGGCCCCCAAGGCGGUGUUGGCCCUCUCGUGUGCUGCUGUGAUGUCUCCUCUUCUUCAACAUGUACAAAUUCUGUGUUUACGUGAAUGUACAGUUUAAAGUCAUGACGGUGAUGAUGUGAUGUUCUCAAGGUGGAUCAGUGUGAGAAGUGAUGAUGAUGAUGACGAUGAUGAUGAUGAAGGGCGGCGUGGGCGGUUGUGGGAGGUGUGGGUGGUGUGGAGGCCCCCAGACCCCACCUCGCCUCGCUGCCUCCUCUUCCCCCUCUCCUCCUGUGUUCUAGGUGUGUUGUUUAUGUUGUACGUGUGGUACGUUUUACUUAACAAUCUGUGAUUUUUCUUUAAAUGUCGAGGACAAUCAGCUAAGUUUUCUCAACACGUAGACCCGAGCAGGUGUUGGGAGUUUGAUCUCAAGACUCAGUUGCGUCACUAGUGGACUCUUACCAGAGGGAGGACCGCUCCCUCCUCGUAGUCAGGCACCAAGCUACCCAAGCAUGCGGGGUGUAAAAAAAAAAAUGUAUAACAAAAAGAGAAAAGAAAACAAUCGUUGUCCUUUGCCCUAGUGACUAAAGUCCCUAAAAUUGGCUGUGUAUACUUUUUGAAUUUAUAUCGGGCACCGUGACAACCCACCAUCUUCGUGUGGGGGCUUCACGCUGCUCCCAAAGCUAGAUCCCUAACCCUACCUGUUCCUAAUCACCCCUAUACCCACUGUGAAGCCAAGUGUACAUUAUAAUGUAUGUACUAAGUCAUGUGUUAUGGGAUUGCUAGCUACUUAUUUGUUUGUAUAUUUAUUGUACAAUAUCUGUAAGCCAAGUUUUAGAGAGAAAUACAUUUAUUUACAGAUCGAA